UGUGGUCCGUGUGCGCUGCGACACGUACGUUUUUCGCCGCAUCUCCGCCGAAGGAUCGCAAUCGUUCGUUUUUCUUUUCCGCACGCGCCAUGCCGCCCAACCGGUUGCCCGCCGACCCGCUGAAGAUGGUCCUCCAAUUGGCGGUGUUCGCCGUGCUGCUGGUGCCGGGAAUUUUGUGGGCGAUUUUGAAAAAAUUCAUUCCAGUCGAGCCGAAGUGCGUCAAGGGACAAGUCGUGUUGAUCACUGGUGCUGCUCGGGGAUUAGGACGUGAACUUGCGACUAGAUUUGGUAAACUGGGUGCAAAAGUUGCUUGCGUGGAUAUCGAUGAAAUGGGCAACUAUGAAACGGCUCAAAUAAUUAAAGAUAGCGGGGGCGUUGCCAUUAGCUACAAAUGUGACGUUUCGAAAAAGGAACAGAUCAAAGAUCUGCACAAAAAGGUGAGAGCCGAUUUAGGCCCGGUUGAUAUACUCAUCAACAACGCAGGAAUUGUAUGGGGACAUUUAUACAUCGAUCCAGCGAAGGAUCAAUUCAUCACGGACCAGGUCAAUGUCAACCUAAUGGCACAUAUUUGGAUGAAAAGAGAAAUUCUUCCAUCGAUGUUGGAGAGAAACCAUGGACACAUCGUAGCCAUGUCGUCGAUGUCUUCGAUGGCCGGUGUAGCUAAUAUUUCCACGUACACACUUACCAAAUGGGGCAUAAAUGGUAUGAUGGAAUGUUUGCACAACGAGUUGAAACGGUUCAACACUGACGUCAAGACCACGACUAUAUUGCCUUAUUUUGUGGAAACCAACCCGAAAGUGACUUCGUUUUUAGAUAUCAGACUGCCCGAAAUACCUACUCACGUAGCCGGUAGUCAAAUGAUGAAAGGGAUACUGGAAGAACAGAGGAUAUUCUCGGUUCCCGGCCACAUGCUGACAAUGACGGGAAUAAUUAGGCUGUUACCGGACAACUUGCAAAUGCUCUUCAACAACAUAGUUCGAGUCAAUAUUCUAGGAGAACCUGGCGACGAAUUAAUAUUAAAUAAAUAUAAACGAUAAGACUAGUGUCUGAUUGACUUAUUGUUAUUAAAUUAAUAAUUUAUAUUUAAAUUAGUGUCAGUAGUUAGAUGAUUGUUGUUUUCGAAAUUUAUUUAAAAUUUAUGAUUUUCAAAAAUGGCGUAAUUCGUUAAGAAAUAAAUCAAGAAUUUAAAUUAUUUGGACAAUUUAAAUAAAAUUACUAGCCGACGGAUAACAUAUUAUGUAGGAUGUCGUAUAUUUGUUUUUA